AUGUGUCGUGGGCCAGCUCUCCUUUUAGCUCUGACGGGACCGGUGAUGCAAGCGUGUCGUAAACAGGCGCUGUUUUGUUCGGAGGUCAUUAGGCAAGCCGAAUCGGGUGCUAUUUCCGUCCUGGUCGGGGUCGGCCGGGGUGGCCGGCAGGCGGGGCUCGAACAAGCGAAUCGGCCCCAACAAAUGGCCCAUCCGGGCUGGUCCACUCCGCCAAUGGGCGUAGGGGAGCUCACCUUCAUCCCAUACCGAAAACCGUUUCCUCUCAAGGCUACACCUUCCAGGCAACGUGAGAUGCCACCUUAA